GCCAAUCCCCCACCCCACAGCCCAAUAAUACUUGGGUUCACUCAAGAAUCAGAUCUUAAGAUCCUGAUACGAGUACUCGAGUAUACGGUAGCCACUCCCCUCUAACCAUCCUUCCCAUUCAUCCAUCAAUCCCCCAUCCGAGUAGCCCCACCCAUCUUUCCAAAGAUGCGGGGGCUACCAAUCAACUACCUCUCCUCUGUGAGACAACCAUUCCUGAACCGGCCGUCACUCAAGUUAUUAUCCUCCGUGUCAUCGCUACCUCGAUUGUCACAGCUCUAUGCCACUGAAGCUUCGUCGAACGAGCAUGCGCCCCGUCCGGACUUCAAUGCCAUUGACAAGAAAUGGCGUGAAUAUUUGAACAACCCUAAGGAGCCGCCAGUCCCGGGAAGCAAGUUUUAUAUUCUUUCCAUGUUUCCCUAUCCUUCCGGUGCUUUGCACAUGGGCCAUCUCCGUGUGUACACCAUAUCCGAUGUGCUCGCUAGAUUUGAGCGCAUGCGGGGGAAGAGAGUGAUACAUCCGAUGGGUUGGGACGCGUUUGGACUCCCAGCGGAAAAUGCUGCCAUUCAAGGGGGUGUUAGUGCGAAAGAAUGGACUGAAAAGAACAUUGAUUCAAUGAAGGAGCAGUUCAGCCUGAUGAAUGUGGGUUUUGACUGGGAUAGAGUAUGUAUGAUCGCUUCGCCUUCGCCUUCUCGAUACACCCAGUCUAAUUGUUUCUCAGGAAAUAAGAACCUGCUCGCCGGAUUAUUACGUUCACACUCAACGCCUCUUUCUCAAGCUCUAUGAGCACAGAUUAGCAUACCGUAAAGAGUCACUCGUCAAUUGGGAUCCCGUCGACGAGACCGUUCUCGCCAAUGAGCAGGUCUCACCUCAUGGAAUAUCCUGGCGUUCCGGCGCUGUGGUAGAACAGCGGACUCUCCCACAAUGGUUCUUCAAAAUCACUAACUACAAAGACGCACUUCUCAAGGGCCUCGAGGUGUUAGGAUCUCGCUGGCCCCAUAAAGUCAAGACCAUGCAAGCAAACUGGAUCGGCCUAUCUAAAGGUGUGAAAGUUAAAUUUCCUCUUAGCGCCGGGGAAACGGAUCCCGGAAGUCACACCUACCUCGAAGCCUACACAACCCGUUUGGAUACUCUACCUGGUGUACAAUUUCUAGCAAUCUCAAGCACACAUCCGCUAGCCCUAAAGGCUAGCGAAACCGAGGAGUUCGUAUUUAAAUUUCUACUAGCCAGCGGAACGAAGCAGGAUAAAUCCUCGAAAAAGGGAGAGCUAAUUAGGGGCUUCAAAGCCCUAAAUCCUUUAACCAACGAAGAGAUCCCAGUUUAUGUAGCCAACUACGUUGUGGCUGGGACCGGAACGGAUGUCCUGAUGGGCGUACCUGGACAUGAUGCUCGCGACAAUGAGUUCUGGGCGAAACGUGGUCCAAAAGAUGCACCAGUCAAGGUUGUAAUCAGCGAGAGUCCAGCCAAUGGACAAGGGAAAGAAAGGUCAGAGGCUGGUGUAUUCACGGGUCUCGGAAUAUUAAACGAGAAUUGCGGAAGAUUUGCAGGGAUGAGCAGUGCUGCUGCUCAGAAGGUUUUUCUGGCGGAGCUAAAGAUGAAAAACCUUGGUAAGAUCCGUGAAAACUUGAGACUUAAUGAUUGGCUCAUUAGCCGCCAAAGAUACUGGGGGACGCCCAUACCGAUAGUUUACUGCGAAAGCUGUGGGAUCGUGCCAGUUAAGGAGGAAGAUUUGCCCGUGGUAUUACCCGAUAUUGAAAAGCUCAGCCCUAAAGGAGGUAAUCCACUAGCGUCAAUGAAGGAAUGGGUAGAGACUUCUUGCCCAAAGUGUAGAGGAGAGGCUAGGAGGGAGACGGAUACCAUGGAUACUUUUGUGGACUCAAGUUGGUAUUUUAUGCGCUACGUUGAUCCUCAUAACAAAGAAUUGUAAGUCAACUACUUGCGCGCAAACCAAGUUCUGGUGCAACGGGUCCCGGAUUUUGGUGUGUUUUUUCCUCUACCGGCGCCGAAACUUAAUUUGAGCGCGAGUAUAUAUUUCCUCAAUAUUUCCAAACCAAAGAUAGCUAACCCCCCAGGCCCUUCUCCCCCGAAAAGGCCAACGAGCUUCUCCCAGUAGAUGCCUACAUCGGCGGAAGCGAGCAUGCAACCCUACACCUCCUCUACGCCCGCUUCAUCUCCAAAUUCCUGCGCAAAAUCAGUAUGUGGCCGCCCGGUGUCGAUGACGAAAGCCAAGGGGAGCCCUUCAAACGCCUCAUAACGCAAGGCAUGGUUUUAGGGAAAACCUUCAGGCACCCCAUCACCUUCAAGUUCCUAAAACCUGAAGAACUCGCGACGGAUCCGGAGACCGAUGUGAAGAGGGUAUCCGCGGAUGGCGCAUCUCCGCUGGUUACUUGGGAGAAAAUGAGCAAGAGUAAGUUCAACGGGACCGAUCCACGAGAGUGCAUCUCUCGCUGGGGCGCCGACGCCACGAGGGCGCAUUUACUUUUUUCGGGACCAGUGGAAGCGGAUUUAAAAUGGGACGAAGAUAAAAUAAUCGGGAUGCACCGUUGGUUCGGCAAGCUCUGGCGACACACCAACAUGCUCUCAAAGAAACUUGCCGAACCUGAUUUCUUACUCUUACCAAACCUCAUUACCCGCCCCGCAACCGCAACGAGCAUCCCGCCGGAAGACCACGACCUCUUCUCCAUGCUCCAAGAAUCGAUCCGGAACAACACCAUUGUAUUCACAAAAUCACCAGCCCUAAACACCGUGGUGUCAAACCUCAUCAAGCUAACGAAUAUCCUCGCGUCCCCGCCCCCCGAAGCCCAGCCAACACUUGCCAUGACCUACCGUGCCACGAACGAACUCCUACGAAUGCUGGCCCCCAUCGCGCCAGGCUUUGCUGAGGAGUGCUGGGCCCACCUUCACACCCAUGUCCCUUCCAUGUCAGGCACUCGCGUGCUUGAGACCAUGUGGCCCUGGUUCGUCUUGCAAGGGGAACGCAUAGGUGGGACGACGACUUGUGCCGUGACUAUCGAUGGGAAGUUCAGGUUCAGGGUAGAGGUUGAUCGGGAACGCUUGUUGAGGCAGUUUGGCGAAGGGGAGCAGUACAUCACAAAAAUUAUCGCGGGUGAGGAAAACGCUCGCAAAUGGUUGGAUGGGAAGGAGAUCAAGAGGGUUCUUAUCCCGCAGAAUGGGAAAACAGUCUUCUUGACGACUAGAUGCGUCAGCCGGGCGCCGCCGGAUCCUCCUACGAAUAAUUGUGAGGGGCCUUCAUAGAUUGUCACUCGAGGUCACAUGUACUACUAUUUCUGAGGGUAUUGAUUGUAGAUUUAUAGAUGUGAGCUGCUGGGAGAACUCUGCUCGAUGUAUGAUAUACUAGAAGGUCUUGUCACUCCCCUUG